AUGGACAUGGCUACCACACUCGCUUUGUUUGCAUCGCAAGCCUGCGCUCCCGCUCCGACUACCUGCCCAUCCUGCGUCUUUGGAGCGACGGCUGCGACUCUUCACUCCUACAGCUACACCAUCGUUCAGACCAUCACUGCCACCAGAGUCCCUUACGUCAAAGACUACGGCAAUGGUAACAUCAGUACAGUUAGCGUCUCGACCAUCUGGCCCACCGGAGUGCUUGGCUUACCGGCCAACACGAACCUCUUCACGGACAUUGCAGACAUGACCUGGACUGGGCAAGGCAUUGCCAUGGCAUACCCCACGGUCUACAUCGAGUACCUAGGCUUCGAGAGAAACGACUUUCUCGUCAACGAUGCGUACGAUGCCACCUUGGGUGUGUGCUCAGGCGAACUUAGACCAACUCAAGUCCGACUGCCAGCGACCACGACGCCGGUACCCUUCAUCUUCCCACUCUACAACGCCCCUUGCACCACGACUGUAUCAGAUGUCGAGCACUUCUCAGUCCCACUCCCAACACCUCUCGUGAGCUACCUCGAACUGGUCGCCGACGACCCAGGCUGCGAAGGUCUCUCCAACAUUGUUCAAUGCCAAGCACUUGACAGAUGGUACACCAAUGGUUACAUCACCCCGCCAGCCACAGCUACAACCUCGUGCGUUACAGAUUACAUUCCCAGCACUACCACGUUUCCCAGCACCAUCACCGGUGUCUCUACUUGCCCCGAUAGCACGUUGGAGACGACUACGCUCGUUGUAGCUGGUGUGGCGACAAGCACUGCCACUGUGACCAAUUGCCAGCCAGCGAAACGACAGGCAGUGCUUGAUGUGAGGGAUGCCACCAAUGCUACUUGGCUCAACUACGCCAACGCAACUCCGAUAACUGUACCCGAUGACUUUAACAGGACGUUGACGAAAAGACACCUGAACGGGUUCGCUGUUGCACCGAGAGCUACGACAACUGUUGGACUUUGA